AUGGUGGAAGGCCUCAAUGCGGCCCAUGUCGGAGCCGCGGGCUUGAUUGUGAUUACGCGGGCUCUUUGGUUACAAGCUCUCAUAGACUCAAAACUAGAAGAUGAUGCCGUCGCAAGCAACAAACAGCAGGCCAACCCGGAAACCAACAUUGGGCACCAAGAUGAAGCGACACACCAAGCGCACAAACCAUUGACCAGUCACUCGGAGUCAAGACGCGUCUUUUCUCGGAACUCAUCUGGACCCAUUCCUGCUCGCCGCGAGCACGCUCCCUGUGAGAACUCUGCAAUGGAAGGCAUUGACGAGGUUGUUGGCCACCCUGACAUAAGUGACACCCCGCCAUUAUCUACGGCCGCAGACUCUGUCGAACACCCUGCUGGCUAUUUCGGAGAAUCAUCAACCUUCAACUUCGUUCUCAAGAUGGGCGCCAGAGGCGCAGACCAUACCCCGCAAGAUCCUGCAAGACGCCGCUUGUCCACUGGUGGAAGUGAGGCCACCUUGAGUGCCUUGGGACACUCUCCACCAGAAAGACGAGAUUUUUCGAUUUUGCCACCCAAGCAGCUUGCAGACAGCUUGAUAGACGCAUACUUUCUCCAUGUGCAUCGCCUCUACCCUUUCGUGCACGAGCCAAGCUUUAGGUCGAGAUACGAUCAGAUGUGGGCGCAGGCUUCCAACGAGCAUGUCGAGCCUGAGCCUAGGUGGAUGGGGUUACUGAACAUUGUUUUUGCCCAUGGUUGCGAGUUCUGCCAUUCGCUUCCGCAAGAGGGCAGUCCAGCGGUCGCAUCAGAGUUUCUCAACCGGACGAGAAAGAUUGUAUAUGCCCACGUUUUCCGCGAAGGAAGUUUGGAACUGAUCCAAGCCCUUCUGCUAAUGUCACACUACCUGCAGGGGACAAUGGAGCUGAACGAAUGUUGGAGCCUCGUUGGUUUGAUGAUUCGCACUUCAGUGAGCCUUGGCUUUCACAUGAACCCUCCCGAGUCGGUGCACUCUGUGGUGGAACAGGAGAUGAGGAAAAGAGUCUGGUGGGGCUGCUAUAUCAUCGACCGAACUCUGAGCAUGAAAUUUGGUCGCCCCAUCUCUACACAAGGAGCUCAUCUCUACAAGGUUGAUCUACCACUGGAGGUUGACGACCAGUACAUUACCGAAAGUUCGACACAGCCACGACAACCCGAGGGACGACCAUCGUUGAUUGUGUUUUUCAUCCAGACGAUCAAGCAACAAAGGGUGAUCGAGAACAUCCUCAACAAUCUUUAUAACGGUUGCCCCUCAAGCGCUCCAAAUGUGAAGCCUUUGCGCAGCCUUGGACAACUGGUCGUCCUGGAUGACGAACUUCUUUCAUGGUGGGACAACCUGCCAGCCCAUCUGAAGUAUGAGCCGGACCUUCCUGAUGGGCCUGAUUUUCGGCGACAACGCAACGUCAUUUACAUCAGGUAUCUCAACAUCCGCUUGCUCUUGCAUCGACAUGCAUUUUUGAUUUUCUGUCGGCAACGUAUUGAAGAUGAAUUCCACCAGGCUGUUGCGGUGGCAUCCAGUCGCUGCUGCAUUGCCGCUGCUCGGGACACCAUCAAAACCAUACACAGGGAAUACAGUCGUCGGUUACUGAACUCUUUGUGGUACAACCUCCACUAUGUCUUCACUGCAAUGGGUGUUCUGCUUGCGCUCCAGGCAAUGGAUAGAACGAGACUAGAAUUGCUCGGCGACACCUAUCAAGACGACACUCUGGAAAUGGGCAUGGCUUUUUUGAGAGCAGCAAGCAGCAAGAGUAAUUUAGCUGCUCGAUACGUCGAUCUGCUGCAGCGUAUCCGGAAACGACCAAACGACCAAUAUUCAACCCAUACUGCGCCGCGAGACAAUAUUAUCCCCAUUCAGGAUGGAAUCGGUGCUGAUCCCUCGCUCCCAGCGCUUCCUGAGGGAGAUUUGUGGCUUGAUCGAGGCCAGAAUGAGCUCGAAAGCGGCCUCAAUCUUGACUUCCUGGACUUCGACGACUUGCUCUAUGGCACCGGUCUCCCUCGAGACUGGCUCGGGCAGGACUGGUCAGGUUUUGAGACAUGA